UCAACAUAUACCUGAUGAAUUUUCUCUUGAAUAUAUUGAUGAAAAUCAUAUUGCUGCGUUCGAAAAAGCUCUUGCUGAGGAUCCUGAUAAAGCUUCAACGGAGCACAUUACUGCUAUGAAUGAUUUCAUGCCGAUCCAUCAAAGUGUUAAGAAAAAAGUAAAAGUACCAAACGGAUUUGAAGGUGUUUCCUAUCAUAUCGUUAGGUUUCCCAUGAUGUUGACUAUUUUUUUUAUCCUUACAUUCGAACUUGUUUUAUACAUUUUGGUACGUCAAAUUGUGAAUAUCUGGGAGUAUUGCGUUCAAUGGCGUGGUGAAAAAUAUUUACUACGUGAAAAACUUCGUCGAUCUACAACUUAUGAUGAAUGGAUUGCUGCUGCCAAAGAUCUUGAUUCAUAUUUAGAUUAUGAUAGCUGGAAAUAUGAAAUUCCAUUUGGAUAUUAUGAUUUUAACCUUUUGCAAAAGGUCAAUCUAGAUCUAAAGAACUUAAAACAAGGUCCAACCGAAAAUUUAGCAACGUUAAAAAGUGCUCUUCAACAUUGCAUAAAGAACAACUUUGCUGGUGUUGAAAAUGUUAGGCUAUAUUCUCAAACUUAUUAUGGAACUAAACAAAUUGUCGAAGAAUAUUAUGAUGAAGCCGCUGAAUCCCUUGAUGUUUUACGGACCACCAAAAGUUUGCCAUUUGAAGAAAAACGUAAACUUUUUAGAAACACUUAUAAAAAUUAUGGCAGAACAGCUUUAUGCCUCAGUGGUGGUGCAUGCUUCGAUUAUUAUCAUCUUGGUGUCGUUAAAGCUUUAUUCGAUGCUGAUAGCUUGCCCACAAUUAUCGCUGGUACCAGUGCUGGUGCAUUAAUUGCUGCCUUGGUUUGUGUGAGAACCGAUGAUGAACUGGCACAAGUCUUGAAACCUGAAUUAUGCCAACGUCUUACCGCUUGUUCUGAGCCAUUUCCCCAGUGGCUAAAAAGAUGGUGGUUAACG